AUAUUUUUUUGUUGAAAAUUAUAAUUGUAAAUUGUGUUACUGUAAUUAUUACAAAUUUUAAUUUGGUCGAACCGAAUGAGACUUUGAACCAGACAACAAUUAAAGUUUAUUUAAGUUAUACUAAUACCGCACACGCACGAGAGAAACAGCUUUAACCAAUGGGUAUGAAUCGUCUCUUGUUGUUCACACCUUCUUUAUCUAACAUGGCUAUACACCUUAGCAGAAACACGUACAGUUAUCAUUUUACGAAAAUAAAUCACUCUUUGCUGUUUCUGGUUGAUUUGAAUAGUCAGAUAUAUGGUGUUCCUAAUACUGCAGUCAUAAAUACGAGGGAAGGUAUUUCUUAUUUUAAGCACCAGCUAUCUAGACAUCCAUUGUUGGCAACUACAAAAACUGUGAAGUCUGAAACCAGGACAUAUGUAAGUAAUAUUUUGUCUACGUUAUGUUCGCUUGAGAUUCCAACAGAAGAAGAUGGUUUGGGGGGUUCAAAAACCGAAAACAUUCUUUAUCCUGUUGGGUUGGGGCUCUUUAGUGCUCACUGUCGUCAUGUUAUAUUUUCCCUAUGAGACGAAAUUAUGGAAAUCAAGAAAUAUCACAAUGGAAACGUGGAUUAAAACAACUAACUUUGACAACAAUGAGACUGUUUCCACUUCUUCAGCAUGGAAGGACAACUGGAAGCAAGUAACCAAUAACAUAUAUGUUUAUUCAGCGUUUUGGGAUGACAGGAAUAAACCUCUGAAGAGCUUUAUUCGAAUCAUAGCUAUUGGACCCCGGCUUGGAGAUGAGCAUGAAAACGUUAGCUGUAGCAUUUACAGCCAAAACUCCAAAAGUUUCAUCGAGUUACCGAUCACUUACGAAAUGAUUCGAGAUAACCAUUCUAAAAAUUACUCCGCUAUGUACUUAUUCUGUCACUUAUCGUCAGGGGAACCUACCCCCCGAGAGGUGGUUCUUCGCCAAGCUCCAAUCCCACUGGAACUUGUAAAACUUCCAAUUCAUCAAGGAGAAACCCAAAACUCCACCAAAAUUCAAGAUAAACUCGCAGUGUGUGUCCGUCCUUUCUUUGGACCCUUUAAAAAUACUUUUGCUUUAGCUGAAUUUGUUGCAUUAUACCAAAUUUUGGGUGUCAGUCACUUUACAUUCUAUAAUUAUAAAACAUCAAAGCAGGUGAAGGAGUUUGUAUCUUCUCUACAGGACCAAGGAUUGCCUGUUGAACUUAUUCUUUGGAACUUGCCCAAAUCUGUGGCCCAGAAAACUUGGGCAUUUGGUCAAAUGGCUAGCACUCAAGAUUGUAUUUAUAGACACAUGUUUGUUAGUAAAUAUGUGGCUUUAGUCGACAUUGAUGAGUAUAUCGUUCCCCGAAAUCAUCGAACGCUUCUGGAAAUGAUAAAAUCCCUAAAGAACAACACCUGGGGCAGUCUAGUAUUUCGUAAUUCGUUUUUUUGUACGAAACACCCAGUAGACCUUAAACAUUCGAAACCCAAUUUGCCAUUCACAACACUGAGAUAUUUGACACGUGUGAAGUACGUGUCGAGGGCCUACUUCAGGUCCAAGUCCAUAGUUCAACCAAAUAGAGUUGUCACAGGUGGUAUUCAUUUUGUUUGGCAACAUUUUGAUAAUUGGCAGCCGUUCGUAGUGCCACCUAGUGAAUGUUUGCUGCAUCAUUACCGCUCUAGUAUCUGUUCUGAAGCUUCUUAUAAGAGCGGAGUAGAAGAUAAAACAGUCUUGAAGUUUAAAGAUAAAUUAUUGAAAUCUAAAGUAAUAAAGAUAUGGAAAACUCUAAAAAAAAGAAACGUGGUUACCUAGUGAUCACUGUAGUUAAGACGUGUUAUUUCACGGUAACACCUCCAUUUCUGCAAUUAAUUAAAAUUGUGUACGGAUUAACAACGUAACACAUUUAUUGAGUUGAAAACUACGACAAAAAUGUGUUAAAUCAUAUGUUUUCAGGCUAUUAAACAGUCUUUCGUCACAGUUUACAGACAACUAGAAAAAUAAAUGUUCUCGUGACUUUGACUACAUAAUUUCAUCCCAUAAUGUCAAACAAUUACUGUUAUCACAGUAAUUACUGCUAUCCCCCAGUUGCUUAGCAGUAAGUUUACUGACUUACAACACUAAAGUCUGACGUUCGAUUUCUCGUGGUGGACAAAUUGCAAAUAACUUAUUGUGUUAUUUUACGAUAAAAAAAACAAGAACAUAACGUGUGUUUAUGUGUGGAACACAAGUUUGCCUCUCCUCUGCUUCUUUUUUUUGCGCUAAAUGAGAAUGAAUUGAUUUGGCAAUUGUGCAUUUAAAAAUUAUUUUUAAAUGCUUGCCAAAUCAACCAAACAUCAAACAUUUUACAGAAACUUUUUACUUUUAGGUCACUCGUCACAUAUGAUUUUGAGAUUUCCUUUUUUUUUUUUUUCCAAAUUUAGAGCUGGUUUACUUUAGUAUUUUUUUUCCUACGUCAUAACGAAAAGAGUAUAUAUGUGUAUUGGUUGUUGAUUUAAGUUCAAUAGAUAGAUAAUUUAAUUUAUACUUCAGUCUCUAUGUACUUAAGUUUCAGUAGACAUGAGUUGUUUUAAGUGGACGUUCAAGAUGAAGAUGAUACAUAUAAGUUAUUUGUACUGAAAUAAAACUUAUAAAGUUAA